AUGGAGCUCGUAGCAGAGAUACUAACAGGAAGCUUGUUCAGUCUCAAAAUAGAAGAAGAUGCAACUGUUCAAGACUUAAAGAACAAAAUUGGGAACCAAGAAAACCUCCCGACUCAACGUCUCAUUCUCAUGCUCAAUGCUGAUGACAACCAUUACUUGCUGGAUAAUGACCAAAGCCCUGUAAAAGAUUAUGGCAUUAGAGAUGGCUCCCGUAUCUAUAUUUUCUUUCAACCACCCAACAGCGAGCCUCUGUCCAACCGACCAACUUCCCCAAGCUCUCAUUCAAAUUCAUCUCGAGAUUCUAUCUCAAGGGGAGAUGAGGAAGAGAAUAAAUGA